GUUGAAGCAGCCCGGACGGACAUGGACUCCCCCUCGUCGCCGGCGGCAGCGACGCCACCGGCCACCGGAGAUGAUUGUUUCACAAUGAAAAAGUGGCAAUUUAAACUGCGGAAACCUUCCCCGGCCAUUCGUCCAGCGCGACGAUGGCGUGUCGUUCAAUCCACCGAGCCGCAACGGUGCAUGCGUGAUCGUGAUGCUGCGAUCAUGUCAGCAGCGCAUCGGUUGCAUGCACAUGAACCGCUGCGUGAUACUGCGUCGCGCUGUACUGGAUCCCUAAACAAGACGAUGUGCACGCAAGACGUUGAGCAGACUGUCCAGAGCUGUGAUUGGAUCAGUAUAUUGCCAGAUGACAUUUUAGUCAAAAUUCUUUCCUUACUGACAGUAAGCGAUGCUGCAAUGACUGACUGUCUUUCCACUAGAUGGAGACACCUCUGGAAAAACGUUGACUGUCUCAUCCUUGACCUCUAUAGUCUCAGGAUGCCAGAGUCAGAAAUCUGUUAUUACCAUCAAAAACCAUGUCUGCGGAAAGCUCAAGUAAAAAAGUUUGUUCGCAAAACGAAUGGCUUUUUGCGCAAUCAUCAUGGCAAUAGAAUCAAGGAAUUCACUGUCAGAUUCCCAUUAACCUCAGUCAAUGCUUCUGAUCUGGACCACUGGAUUGGGUUUGCAGCUUCAGCCUCUACGGAAAAGCUCUGCCUUGACCUUUAUGACAUGAAUCGCUCAAGUUGCCUUGACAUUUCCCCUAAUGAGCCGUAUAACUUCAUAUUAUCACCAUUUUCUGAUGGGAGAGGUUGCCGGUUGAGCGAGUUGACUCUAUCCAACUGCACUGUACGAACAACACCUGCAAAUCUCAGUGGCUUUGCUUGUCUCCAUUUCCUUGAACUCAGUCGUGUGGAAAUAGCUGAUGCAACUGUUUCGAAUAUUAUUUCCAACUGUUGUGCUCUCAAAAGCUUGAUUCUAGCGUUCUGCGAUCAAUUGAUUCAUUUGACGGUUACUUGUUCACAAUUGCUGAAUUUGGAUGUUGAUUUCUGCGAUGGCUUAAUUAGUGUUUGUAUUCAUGCUGACAAUCUCGAGGCGUUCAUGUACAAGGGACACAAGAUAAAUAUUGAGUACAAAUAUGCACCAUUUCUUGAUACACUCCGUGUUCAUUUCAUAAAGAAGAAUCAAUGUCCUCUAGACUUCAUAAGUGCGCUUCCUAAGCUUCCAAAGCUGGAAACGUUGAUCUUGCAAUUUUCUGGGCCUGUACAAGUAUCCCGUGCGCUGCGGCACACUUUCAGGUUUGCUAAUUUGAAGAUGAUCGUCUUCUUUCUGGUGAAAUCUUGGAAAGAGUGCAUUUGCUCGCUUGCGUAUCUCCUUAAAGCAGCUCCGUCACUCGAAUACUUCCGGGUGCAUGGGUUUUCCAAGCUGAAGGAACAACCUAGUGAGCUCAACAUGACGUGGCCUGAGGAUCUGACUUUCGCGAGGCUCCACAUUAUCGUGGUCAAAGGGUUUAGCGGGGAGCCGGAACUGAUGGAGCUGCUCUACUUUCUGCUGAGAAGGGCGCCCGCACUGAAGAGCUUGCAACUCGAGACGCGUGCAUAUGAGCCAUUUUUAUUCAGGAAGGAGAAGCACAAGUCGGAAGACGAAGAAAGGUGCCGUUACGCUACGGAGAUGGCCUCGACCCACCUGGCUCCUAAGGUUCCCUCCACCGUGGCGUUCAGCAUCACCUGACCCUUCCGUGCUCGCUGAAAAACGCCGCGGCUGCUGCAGGUCAUCAGCGAACCAUGAAGGUGGGUGGGGUGAAGCUACGUGCGUACGUACGUCCUGCGGCCAAGUGGAGAUGUGAAUCAAUUUCCCGGCGUCUGUGCGUGCGUGCGUUAAACACAUGCACGAUCAUACCAGCUGCAGGUCGCCCUCGUUGAUUAAUCGCGUACAUACACGCGUCCAUGUGCCUUGUGGGGGGGCGUACGCCUGUGCAUGUGUACGUACGCACAGUGGCAGUGGCACACAUACAUACCACUGAGGCACUGAUCACCCCACAUGCUGUGUUUUCUCGUGGGCGCAUGCACGCACAGCAGCAGCAGCCUAGCUAUGAAAAUGAUUGAUGCGUAAUCUCUUGCUGUUGAUUAGUCUUUUUUUUUGCCACUUAGUUAAUCAGUUAGUACUGUACUACUGUAGUAGUUAUUAUUAUUGCAUGCACAA